CGUCACUUCCGUCCGGGCCUGGCCGAGGUUCGGGCUCCUUGGGCCGAGGGGGGGGACGGAGGUGGCAGCUGUGGGAGGAGGCGGCGCGCGAGGCCGAGAAGCUCCAGCCCCGACCAAUCCCGCUUCCCGGGCCGCAACCCCUGCUCCUGCAGCGCACCGACAGGCGAGACCGGCCGGAUGGGCCGCUGAGCCAGAAUCGGGGACCGUGUGGAGCCCCCUGGAGCUAAACUCAGGAUGUUUCGCUUCAUGAGAGACGUGGAGCCCGAGGAUCCCAUGUUCCUGAUGGACCCCUUUGCUAUUCACCGUCAGCAUAUGAACCGUAUGUUGUCAGGUGGCUUUGGAUACAGCCCCUUCCUCAGCAUCACAGAUGGCAACAUGCCAGGGACCAGGCCUGCCAGCCGCAGGAUGCAGGCUGGGGCUGUUUCUCCCUUCGGGAUGCUGGGCAUGUCGGGUGGCUUCAUGGACAUGUUUGGGAUGAUGAACGACAUGAUCGGGAACAUGGAACACAUGACAGCUGGAGGCAAUUGCCAGACCUUUUCAUCUUCCACUGUCAUCUCCUAUUCCAAUACGGGUGAUGGUGCCCCCAAGGUCUACCAGGAGACAUCAGAAAUGCGCUCGGCACCAGGCGGGAUCCGGGAGACUCGGCGGACUGUACGGGACUCAGACAGCGGACUAGAACAGAUGUCCAUUGGGCAUCACAUCCGGGAUCGGGCCCACAUCCUCCAGCGCUCCCGAAACCACCGCACUGGGGACCAGGAGGAGCGGCAGGACUAUAUCAACCUGGAUGAGAGUGAGGCUGCCGCAUUUGAUGACGAGUGGAGGAGGGAGACCUCCCGAUUCCGGCAGCAGCGCCCCCUGGAAUUUCGCCGGCAUGAGGCCUCAGGCGGUGGGGGACGAAGGGCUGAGGGUCCUCCACGCCUGGCCAUACAGGGACCUGAGGACUCCCCCUCCCGACAGUCCCGUCGUUAUGACUGGUGAGGGCCCUAGGCCCCCAGCCUCUCUUGUACAGGCUGAAAGGCUAAGAAAUCAUCCCCUGAAAUAACUUUUCCCCUCCAACUCCCACUCCCAAUCGAUUAUUAAAUUAACAGGCAAGCUGGCGCCCGCCCGCCGCUCCCUGGGGGUCUCGGGGAGAACCUUUCACUGCCUCCUUCACCUCCUUUUCCUUCUUUAACCCCUUACCACCAUGACACCACUUCUCCUGUAUCCGCUAACUUGAGUUUUCAUUUGCUGCUCCAUCUCUGAGCCUCCUCACCUCCCCGGCUCUACCCCUGCCAUGCAUUGAUGGGCAUUUGGGGUGAACUCUGGGUUUAGGGGCCUCUGCCCUCCCUUAGCUACCCUAGAGUUUUUCUCCUCCUCAGAUCCCUCAUACAGGGCUUUGUGUGGAGAGAGAGGGCUGAUUCCCACUUUCUCCCUCCCAACCCCUACACAUCACAGAAAUCUCCCCUACACCCUUCUCUGCCUUUAUUUUUUGAUUUGUGCAACUUGUAACUAGGUGUUUAUGGAAUAAAGGAGAAUGGAAAAAAGCAA